GGGGGGGGGGGGGGUUUGGGGUUUUGCUUAACUUUUAUAUUGGAUUCAGGAAAUCAAGUUUAACCCAAUUCCCAUUAUUAAUGAACAGUAAGGUAGUUGUACUGAUGAAAGAGAAAGGAGAAGAAGAAGAGUAAAGAUCAGAGAGAGAGAGAGAGAGAGAUGAAAGGAAAUUGUAUGGUUUGUGUACUACGAAUUGGAAUGGUGGUAUGGUGCAUUGGUGUUGUAUGGAAUAGAAAACCAAUCGGCUGUGACGAAGAAUGCAAGAGAAAGGCGGUGAUAUUCAAUUUUGGGGAUUCAAACUCAGACACAGGCGGCCUCGCAGCUGGACUCGGCUAUAACAUCACCCUCCCAUAUGGCCGUGCUUUCUUCCGCCGUUCCACCGGUCGAUUCUCCGACGGUCGCUUAGUUCUCGAUUUCCUCUGUCAGAGUUUGAAUACAAGUCUUUUGAGUCCAUACCUGGAUUCAGUGGGGUCAGAUUUUACGAAUAGAGCAAAUUUCACGAUUGUUGGUUCUUCAACCCUACCAAAAUCUAUUCCUUUCGCUUUAGAUGUUCAAGUUAAGCAAUUCCUUUAUUUCAAGGCUCGCUUGCUCCAGAUCACUUCUCAACCUCAAGAUUUCCUCAAUACACUUUACAUGAUUGACAUUGGACAAAAUGAUCUCUCCAAUUCCUUCUCUAAAAAUCUAUCCUAUUCACAAGUCAUCCAAAGAAUCCCAUCUAUCCUUGCACAAAUCAAAUCUGCUGUUAAGACUAUAUAUGAGGAAGGUGGCAAGAAUUUCUGGAUCCAUAACACUGGGCCGUUGGGCUGUCUUCCCCAAAAGCUAUCAUUAGUUCGCAAAACUGUUCAAGAUCUUGACAGAUAUGGAUGUAUACGCUCAUACGACGAGGCUGCAGAGUUUUUUAAUGAAGGUCUGCGUGCUCUUUGUGAAGAGAUGAGAUCUGAAAUGGCAAAUGCCACCAUUGUCUAUGUAGAUAUUUAUGGCAUCAAGUAUGAUAUCAUUGCUAACUCAACCAAAUACGGUUUUGAGAAUCCUUUAAUGGCUUGUUGUGGUUAUGGUGGCCCUCCAUACAACUACGAUAUUCGCUUAACAUGUGGACGGAGAGGAUGCCGUGCUUGUAAUAAGAGAACACGCUUCAUAAUUUGGGAUGGAAUUCAUUACACUGAAGCAGCCAACACCAUGAUCGCAUCCAAAAUAUUGUCUACAGCUUAUUCCACACCACAAUUGAAAUUCAACUUUUUUUGCCAAGUGUGACUGUCAUUAACCAAAUCUCAAGUAUUCAUGAUUAUAUUGUGUCUAUAACUGAUCUUUUUCCCUGAGUAAACAUUUUUGUUCUACAUGUUAA